CAAAAAGAAAAGAAAAAAAAAAAACUAACUUUCAUCAAAAUAGAAAGUUUGAGCCAUGAUAAAAGAAGCCUACACCAGUAAAGCACUUCUCCUUACUGAGUUAUAUAUAAACUCCCUAUUCUUAUAACUUAAACCAAACUGCACAAAAGAAAUUCAAGAACUCUUUCGAAACCCGGUUAAAUGUCUUUUUCGCGAACGAGCUCGGGAAUUUACAGUGGCUUCUUCUCUAGUGACCUUCUUCCUUCUUUAGGGGCAAAAAUCAAUCGAGCCACAAAACUUCGAAGGCACAUAAUAUCUCCAUACGAUCCACGUUAUAGGGCUUGGGAGAUUUUCCUACUUCUCUUGGUUAUAUACUCUGCUUGGAUUUCUCCAUUUCAGUUCGCGUUUAUAACUACUUACGAACGAGAUGCUCUGUUUAUAGCCGACAACAUUGUCAACAGCUUCUUUGCUAUCGACAUUUUUCUCACGUUUUUCGUGGCAUAUAUUGAUAGUCACACUUAUCUGUUAAAGGAUAACCCGAAAAAGAUAGCAAUAAGGUAUUUAUCGACUUGGUUCGUUUUCGAUUUGUGCUCGACAAUUCCAUUUCAGUCCAUUCGCGUGCUGUUUAUAAACCACAAUGGUGGGCUCGGUUUUGACGUGUUGAGCAUGUUAAGGCUUUGGCGACUCAGACGAGUCAGCUCACUUUUCGCAAGGCUCGAAAAGGACAUACGGUUUAACUAUUUCUGGACUCGCUGCACAAAAUUAAUAUCCGUGACUCUAUUUGCCGUGCAUUGUGCCGGGUGUUUCAACUAUAUGGUAGCCGAUAGGUACCCGAACCCGAGACGAACAUGGAUAGGGGCCGUUUAUCCUAAUUUCAAGCAAAUGGGUCUUUGGGAAAAGUAUGUGGCGGCAUUGUAUUGGUCGAUCGUGACGUUGACCACCACAGGUUACGGUGACCUGCACGCGGAGAAUCCGAGAGAGAUGGUGUUUGAUAUUUUGUACAUGCUUUUCAACCUAGGAUUGACUUCUUACAUUAUAGGCAACAUGACGAACCUCGCGGUUCACUGGAGUUGCCAAACGAGCAAUUUCAGGGAAACAGUAUCAGCUGCUUCGGAAUUUUCUAAAAGAAACCACUUGCCGAGUGAUAUUCGAGAUCAGAUUCUAUCACACAUUUGCCUCAAAUACAAAACACAAGGAUUAAAGCAGCAAGAAACGAUAAACAGCUUGCCCAAAGCCAUUCGUUCGAGCAUUUCGCAUUAUCUUUUUUACCGUGUCGUAAAAAAUGUCGAUCUCUUUAGAGGGACUUCUCGAGUUUUCCUUCUACAGAUGGUCCAGGAAAUGGAAGCCGAGUACUAUCCUCCGAAAGUAGACGUAAUCUUGCAAAACGAGAACCCCACGGAUGCAUAUAUAUUAGUCUCGGGAUCAGUCGAAUUUAUGGCAAAGAUCGACGGUCACGAUCAAAUCAUUGGAAAGGCUUCUACAGGGGAAAUAUUUGGUGAGAUUGGAGUUCUUUGCACCAAGACUCAGCCUUUCGGCGUACGAACAAUUGAGAUUUCUCAAAUUUUACGACUAAACAAAACUACAUUUCGCAACAUUCUCAGUGCAAACCCGGACGAUGAACAAAUCGUAUCGAACAAUCUUUUUCAGAAACUGAAAAUAUGUAGAUUAUUAGACUUCGAAGAUAUUUCGAGUCCAAGAUUUGUGGAGACGAGCCAAACCGAGCCUGAGACUGAUGCUACCCGACAGGGACAUCUCGAAAUGGUAAAAAUUAUGCUCGAAAAACGAGCAAUGCCCGACAAAUCAUGUGCUGGUGGCAUAAACGGGCUCGUGCUCGACUAUAAAAACGGAAACAAAUCAUCACAAGGACACGAUAUUUCGACUCCACGCACAAAAAACCGAGCCGCCAGCUCAGCAAAGAGAGUCACCAUUCACGCGAAAGAGAAGCUUGCGAAGCUGAUAAUUUUACCGAACUCAACAGACGAGCUACUCAAAAUAGCCGGUCGAAAAUUCGGGCGGAGUGGUUUUACGAAGGUGUUCGACUCGGAUGGCGCGGAAAUAGACGACUUAAGUGUAGUACGAGACGGGGAUCAUUUGUUUCUUUUUUCCGAGUGUUUAUGCGAAAGGACAGAGUGUGAUUGAAUGAAAACUAAGGUCCCAUUUGUUCUUACAAAUGUGCCUGAAACUCAACUGAAAUCGAGUUAGUUAAGGCAUGAUUGUAUAUAAUUUGUACAGUAAAUAUCUCAUUCAAAAUUCAAAUUUAACUCAACUUUAAUUCAAUCCAUUAUCUCCAAUAUUAUCAAUAU